AUGUAUUCUAGAAGGACAACACAUCUCUGGGCUCUUCUGGCCAUUGGACUUACCAUUGUGUCGGGACUUCCAUCUCCUCAGCUCGACAACGAUGAAUUCGAAUGUGAAUCGUGGGAUGAUGAAGCCGACCCGAUCCAAACCACUCCCUCUGUGUCAACGACGGCGACAAUCUUACCAAUGCCUCUGAUCUACCAACCAUCUACCGCAACAAAUCCUUCGCCUGUGACUUUCACAACUUCGGUGCGCAUAGCACAGGCGUCGUCGGCCAGCAAUCCUUCUCCGACAAAUUCAUUCGUCGCUCCUAUCAAUACUUUCACUCCUGUCACCCCACCAAGCUAUGCAUUCUAUCUCCAGAGUAGCGGAAGUGGUAGCUUAAAUGGACUCUAUGCUACAGUCAGUCCUGGUGCUGGUGGCUUGGCCACAUUCACGGCAAGCAAAGAUUCAGCGACAAAAUUCACGAUCGACUCUUCUGGAGACCUAGUUGAACAAAGUCCUUCUCAAGGCUAUGUGGCCACAUUGGACCCGAGGAUCAAUGCUCAGAAGGUGGCCUUCAAUGCAUACGGAGGAGGCAGUAGCUAUGGACGGCUCAACUGCCAGAGGCAGGGUGGAACCCUAAGCUGCAAUGUAAAUGGAGUGCAGUAUCAUGCUGCCAGCUGUGGAAAUGAUGGAGCACUCUAUUACACAAGGUCGGUUUCAGCUGGAUGUACGACGAUCAACCUUUUGUCGGUAUCUCCCUGA